AGAAGAUGACGUCUCCAUGACGACUGUUGGGUUGCUCCUCAGGUAGUUAAGAGUCAAGGAUGAGCUUUUACCGCAUGCACUUUGAUUGUAGAUUAACCAUCUCCAUUAUGAGUGGUCUCUUGAAUUAUUAAGUCAAGGGGUUUCAGCCGUGAGAACCCACGAACGCUUGGUGGGUGUAUCGGGCGGUGUUAGUCAUGUGUGGGUGGUGUUUGAGAGAGAGGGAGACAGCCUUGCUCCGCCCAGGCCAGCGGCGCAGCGUCAUUACCAGUGGAGCUGUUGAAAGGAGUAGUCGGUCCUUUUAAACAGGCUGUGUGGAGCACAAACAGGAACGAGUCACGGUGAAAAGACGACAUUUGAGCGCCGACAAAGACACAUGGAGUUAUUACGUUUUCCGCGGUUCACGAGUUGACUCUUGGGCUGACGAGGACUGUGAAAAACAAGUUCAGGCUACACUCCCCUCCCUCUCAUCAUCCUCCCUUCCUGAUCCCUUUUCCCUGUUGGCUACUGUUCCCCAGGGGGCGGGGCUAAGUAUGGGUUAAGAGAUCCAAGAGGAGACAUCAAAACGACUCAAGCUGAGGAGGCCUUCUAUCCUGCACAGGUGGUGACGGGUGCAGGACACUGUCAUGGCGCUGCUGUGGAGGAGGCUGAAGCUUGUGGUGACAGUGACAAUGGUUAACCUCUUCAUCUUCAUCCUCAUCUCCCGGAGCAGUAGCCAGGACAAAAACGGGCACCAAAAGGUCAACAUCCCAUCCAAACCCUUCUGGGCCAAAGUGGCGCCCAGCGCGGCUUACUGGAACCGCCAGCAGCAGGUUCUGGACCUGCAGAACAACCCCGUCCUGAUGGCCAACUCAAGCAGUGGAGAGCUGCCCGACUGGCUUAAUGACACCAGUGUGACCUCUGACCCUUGCAAGCCCAACUUCAGGGUUACUACUCAGGUGAAAGACUACAACUCCCUGCCGGACCGCUUCAAGGACUUCCUGCUUUACAUGCAGUGCCGCUCCUACCCACUCACGGUGGACCAGCCUAAUAUCUGUAAGGAGCCGCCGUUCCUGCUCCUGGCGGUAAAAUCCCUGGUGCCGCAUUUUGACCGUCGCCAAGCAAUUCGUGAGUCUUGGGGACGGGCGGGUGUCAUAGCCAACAAGACAGUAGUUACUAUUUUUCUACUUGGCAACGCCACAGCGGGGGACCAUCACCCAGAUCUUUCCGGGAUGCUGCAAUAUGAGAGCGUUAGCUAUAAAGACAUCAUCCAGUGGGAUUACAGAGACUCAUUCUUCAACUUGACUGUCAAAGAAGUCCUGUUCCUGGACUGGAUCCAGACUCGAUGUUCCGGUGCUCGCUUCAUCUUCAAAGGCGAUGACGACGUUUUCGUCAACACCUACCGCAUCUUGGACUUCCUGAAGGGCCUCUCGGCGCCUAAAGCCAGGGACUUGUUUGUGGGCGACGUGAUCACCAACGCGGGGCCUCACCGAGACAAAAAGGUCAAAUAUUUCAUCCCAGAGAGCAUGUACGUCGGGACGUACCCUCCGUACGCAGGAGGAGGCGGAUACCUUUACUCUGGUGACAUUGCCGCUCGCCUUCAUAAUGCAUCACAACACGUGGCGCUCUACCCCAUAGAUGACGUCUACACAGGGAUGUGUCUCAGGAAGCUCGGGCUGGCCCCCGAGAAGCACAAAGGCUUCAGGACCUUUAACAUAGAGGAGAAAUACAGGUCCAACCCCUGUGCCUACAAAAGUUUAAUGCUGGUUCAUCCAAGGACCCCGCAGGAGAUGAACCAGAUCUGGGGCUGGCUCAGCAGUCCAGAUUUAAAUUGCCAGUGAUGGCUCUGAGGCAGGCGCUUUGGAUGCUAUGAGGUUGAGGCCAAAGACAAAUCAAAUAUUUGAACAGGGUCAUGACUGAACAGUCGGCAGCUUGAAGUUAAGAUACUUCUGUCAUGGUCACUCGGAGCCUCAGCGUGGAACAGCUGUUGCAUCAUACCUCUAGAACUGAGGAAGGACGUGUCGUUAACUCCAUUAAUUAAAAAUGGCCACCAUAGUAUUUUGACUUGACACCAGACUUCCACUGAUGAGCUAACCCUGCUCUGUUGUCAAAGUGACCGAGUCUGUCUGUUUGUGCACAUAUUUAUGUCUAACUAUUUAUAUGGCCUAUAAAAUGCUUUAACACUGUGUGUCAGCUCUGUGAUGGAGCGUCUCCAUGCUGUAUUAUAGAAAUUAGGAGACCAAGAGCGUGGACAUGUCCACCUCAGACUCUUGUUUGUUGUUUGGCAAAGGGAAACUGUGUCAGGUUUUUUGACACUGAAGAAAACUGAAAUGUUUUCAGCACUAUUGAGCGUCUAGAUAUUUCAAACGUAAACAAAAGAGAGAAGCUCUUAAACUUUAAAUCAGCAGUUUCUGUAUGCAGCAGUUUAUUGCUGCUAGCUUGUAAAGAGCGUCCUGGUGAACACCUCUGCUAAUGUUGUUGCUGGUGGCUUAGUUUGUGCUGCUAUUUCCAUCCACACUCCCUAAAAGUAUUCACAUGUGACUUGCUCCAACUCAAAGUCAACCAGUUUCUCCUACAAAUAACUCAGAUAAACUCAUGUUAGUUCAUUUACAACCCCAUUAUUCUUUGGAAAGCUAUUUCAAUCAUACAGUCUCCCUGAAACCCCCGGGUUUCUCUCUUCCUUUGAUUAAUGAGGCGUUCCCAUGAUGUCUCUUGAUGUCUCCUGAUCUGAUUCAAAAACACUUCAAAGUUUGAGUUGGGCUGUUUGGUAGAGUGAAUUCACUUUGCUUUAAGAACACAGGGAGAGUUUGAGUUGAGCUCUGUGCAGCGCUGCAGGUCUGAACUUGGUUCUGACAUGAAUGGAAAAAUCCAAAUGCUGUCUAAUAUUGCUUCAGGAUCUCGCAUUACACAAAAACAAAACUACUCAUGUAGAAGUAGAAUUUUUGGAGAUGUUUGUUACUUUUUAAGCUUUAAUGUGCCUCAUGAGUGUCUGCAGCUGCUGUGUGGAAGUGUUGAAUACUCUUCUUUGUUGCUUUUUUUGUGUUGUCAGUGUAAAAGAGUUAAAUGCUUUAAAACAGGUGGAACAUGGUGGACCAUCGUGUCUAAGACACGUCAGCUUUCAUUACUUGACAAAUGAGCUCUGCAGUCUUCUCUGGUCAUUAUGAAGACGUAAUUUCAAAUAUUACAUCCAUUUAAGGAUUUAUCUUCACGUUCUGUUCAUGAAGAUAACUUAUAACACAUUUUGGAAUGAUUUUAAACGUAUUGCUUAGCUCACUGCUGUAUGGCUUUAAAGCACAUGCUGGUCUUGUUCUAUGAAAGGAGUACUGCUCAUAUUUACUUUACAUCCAUGUUACAUGAUGUGCCUGUAUCAGCUGUGUGUGAGGCCGUCAGACUGCAGGGAUCUGAGACCCCCCCUGAGUGAUGAUUGGACAAGUCUCAAAAGAGUUGAAUGAUUACAGAGCGGGAGGUGCUCUGCUUCUGUCUGAUAGGAAAAACAAUAAGAGAUGUGUGUUACAUGAAUGUAUAUCAUUGUGCACGUUUAGGAUCAAUCUGCUCUGAUAUGUGCCUUCAUUCAGUAUUUAUAAUCAGAAUCUGGUCCAUAAAACAUUCAGAUAUUUUGAUCCUGAACCUGGUUUGUUACACAUUUGACCUGAGAGAAUGCAGCCUGUGUGUGUUUGUCCGCCUCUGUUGGAGCUCCCCCUGCUGGUCAGGGUGGUGAGCUUAAGCUUGCCUGACACUGGCAACUCCACGACCCUAAAAUAUUCUCCUGGGCCUAAUUUAUGAGUCGUAUUUACACCAAGCAUUCAUUACUUACAUCUUCUAUUCUCAUGGUACUCCAAAUCUUUACAUCUGAUGACUUUUUAUCUCCACUUUAUUGUCUGUGUCACUGUUUUGUGAAAAUUCUACACGCUUUUUGUUCAUUGCCUUCAACAUUGUCUGGCAUUUUUUUUGACAAUCUCAGCAAAGUUCUCAAUACAGAGUUAAUUGUGUGCAUUUUUAUCUGGAUUAAAGACUCUUUUAAUAAAGUAAAGAGUUGGUGGAGGUUAUUUCAUCCUCCUUAAAUAUUAAAGUCCAGAUUUCACCUUUACCUUUUACCUUGGGUCAUGUAUCAACAUCUACUCUGUGGAGUCCUACCAUUCACAUCCAAAUAACAGGUUACAUUCUGUCACUGCUGCACAGUUUGGGGCUACUUGAAAUGUUUACAUGCUUUAGAAGCGCAUCAUCUCUCAUUUUUAUCACUGUUUUGUUUGUCUGAUGACAGAUUAAUGUCUUUCUGUUGAUUUACUGUCCUCCUGCCUUGUAUGUUUGUAUUUAAUCCCUCACUGAGCUUUGUUUUGUAAUCUUGCUUCACUUUCUUCCUUAAAAUGACCUGUACUAUUCUCUUUUUUUGUUCUAGCUGUAUGUUUGCACAGUCAGUGUUUAUCUGGGCUCAGUAGCAGGAUGAGUUGUCUUCUGAGCUUCUGUAUGAGCUGCUGCUGUUUUCAAGGCAAGACAGCUAGUUGGUAAAUAUUAAAAAAUGUCCCGAUACUGUUGAUUAAUCUGGUAUCUGCUCAAGAAAUGUGAUAGCAAGGCAAUGUUGCCAACACAACAGGGUAAAUUCUCCAGAAAAAUCCUGUAUUGGAUUCAUGAUUUACAUCCCUCAAGUUGACCAACAGAAAGCUGAGUAUUAAAUCAUUGUCAUGUCUUCUUUAUGUGUAAUAAUAUUAGAUCAAACAGCUGUGUGUCAUUUACCCUGAGGGAACACAUUCAACCCAAUUCUCAGUUACUUUGUUCGCUUUUCGCCUUCACACAUUAACUCUGUUGUUAUGUUUGACUGUCCACAGUAAGCCCCUAUUCACAUGGAUAUCAGAAAACGUCAUUACUGUUACACCACACCUGCACUAGUCAGAGAUGAUCACCAAAUCUGUGCCUCCUGUUUGUAUGUCUAGCGUGAUUGCUUUUUUUAAAUACAGAACGACUUGAUUAUUUCAAUAAAGUUAUUUUUUUCUGUUUA